CUACUGCCCCUAGAUUAGUAGUACCCUCCCCGAGUCCCCCCAACCAAGGCCGCCCGCCAGCACCAACCUGCCACACCCGAAAGCCCCGAGGAUCCACAAGGCUGACAACGAUGAUAUCAUGAUCCACCCGAACUAACUUGAUGUCAUCGGCCACAUAAGAUAAACUACUUAACUAAACCCUCCAAUCAAUCAUUCAUUCCAGCAAGAUAAUACCGCCUUUACUACACAUAGAAUCUCUCUUUCCAUAUAUUGAUUUUUAUUCUAGGACAUCUCCUUUCUCUACCUAAUAAUAUACUAUAUACUCAUAGUAUCAUCACAAUGAAAACCAUCGACGACACCGCCCGCGAAACCGCCCAAGAAAUGGGCUACAAAGAGCCCGCGUCCACGACCGACAGCUCGAACGGGAACUCGAUGAUGACUCCCCAGAACUCACUUAAUGAUAUGGCGCAAUCGGGUGUCAAGGAGAUGAAGAAUAUGUUUGAUGGCGUGGCGUCGGCGCCGGCGCCGGGGGAUUUCUUGAAUAGUACGUGGGAGCAUGUAAGGUCGUUGAUGGGUGGGGGUGGUGGUGAUGGGGAGGAUAAUGGGAAUGGGGAGGAUGGUGUCGUUGAGCCGGCAGAUGCGGAUGAGAUUCGGUGUAUUGAGAAUUUGGAGAGGGAGAAGAUUAUUCAGUUUUUGCAGGAGAGGCAUAUGAGUAUGAAUAAUACGGGGAGGGGGAAGAAGGUAUAACUGGGGAGUGCUAGAUCCAGGCCGGAUGGAUAAAAUAAUAUAUGAUAUUGGGACAU